AUGGAAUACUCUCGGCCCCAACAAUAUGGUCGCAAACGAAUGAGUCUCGGGAAUAUCGUCGGUGACCCGUUCGCUCUCGCGACCAUCUCGAUUGCCACGCUUGCAUGGUUCAUUUCCUUCAUUACCACAAUCCUCGCGCACGUCCAGGACCCCACGGGAUUUCCACUCUACACGUAUUGGUCGUUGGUGUUUUUCCUCGCACUGAUCAUUGGAAUCUUCAUUGUGGUCGCCUCGGAUAGUACACAAACGUACCAUGUUGCGAUUGUCGGCUACCUUGGCUGCGGUCUGGUACUUUCGACGUCAUCCGUCAACGGUCUGAUUCACAAUAGCCAAGGUGCCAUGGAAGCGUCGGCCGCUGGCUUCAUCUUGUUGUCCAUGGUUACAAUUGUCUGGAUCUUUUACUUCGGGUCCGCUCCCUCGGCCGUACCCCGCGCCUACAUUGAUUCAUUUGCCCUGGCCAAGGAGUCGACGUCUACAAACCGGCAAACCAUGAAUGCCGGCUACGGCACGCGCCGCCCUGAGACCUCAACGUCGGUGCAACCCCCGCAGAUGUACACCGCCCAGCUGAAUGGCCUCGAGAACCCAUCGCCCGUCGGGGGUAUGACGUCCACGAUGCGCAACUCGGCCAACCCUCCACCUUUCACCGCGGCGCCUGUCCAGAAGGCAUCCCCUCCGCCAGCUGCCACCCAAGACGCUGAGAUCGUGCCACCGACUGAAUACCCAUAUCGGGCAAAGGCCAUUUACAGCUACGAGGCGAACCCCGAGGACGCCAACGAGAUCUCUUUCUCCAAGCAUGAGAUCCUCGAGGUUAGCGACGUCAGCGGCAGGUGGUGGCAAGCACGGAAGGAGAACAACGAGACAGGUAUCGCGCCCAGCAAUUACCUCAUCUUGUUAUAG